UAAUUACCAAGUUGGACCAAUUUAUUUGCCUUUUCUAUUCUUCUACACUCUUCAUUCAUACCAUAGCUAAAAAGAAAAGAAAAAUGCAGUCCAUGAUAAGCUUCCAUGGCCUCCCUCUCUCUGUUUCAGGGAUCACUCAUCACCUCACUCUCUCUAAAGAAAUGGUAGAUCAUGAUCGCAGAAGAGAAGCUAUGAAGAGACGAAGAUCACACGGUACAGAUCAGAUUCAAGAGAUGGGUUUUGAAAUAAAUGUGGAGAUUGAUGAAGAUCUAGCACUUGUUUUCCACCAUUUAUUCUUCUCUUCUACUGCAAAAGCUGCUUAGGGUUUCCAAAUAUUUAAUUACUACUCUAUGCUUUUUAA